AUAAUUAAUAAACUAAUUCAUAAAUAAUAACUAAUUAAAUUACUAAGACUUAAAUAUUAGUAAAUGAAUAAAAAACUUUUUGCUUUCAUAGCAGUGUUAUGCUUCUUAGAUGUUGCUUUCGCUGAUCCAUGUGCUGCCUGUACCUACAGCGGUACUGGUGAUGACACAGGUGGUGCAUGUACCCAAUGCCCUGCUGGAUAAUGUACACCUGGAACUGGAACUACUGGAGGCAGUGAUACUGUAUGUACCGCUAGACCAUGUUCAUAAGGAAAAUUUAGUUCAACAGGUUUUGAUACAGAUGGAGCUGGAGCUGGAUGUACUGCUUGUACUGCAGGUACAACAACUCCUGGUGCUUAAACUGUAGGAACAGCUUAAUCUGUUUGCACUCUUAAGGCCUGUGCUUAAGGUAGUUUUUCUGCCUCAGGAUUUGAUACAGACGGAACUGGAAAUGGAUGUACUGCUUGUACUGCCGGAACAUCAACUCCUAGCACUUAAACUGUAGGAACAGCUUAAUCUGUUUGCACUCUUAAGGCUUGUGCUAAAGGUAGCUUUUCUGCCUCAGGAUUUGAUACAGACGGAGCUGGAAAUGGAUGUACUGCUUGUACUGCCGGUACAACAACUCCUAAUACUUAAACUGUAGGAACAGCUUAAUCUGUUUGCACUCUUAAGGCUUGUGCUAAAGGUAGCUAUUCUGCCUCAGGAUUUGACACAGACGGAGCUGGAACUGGAUGCACUGCUUGUACUGCCGGAACAUCAACUCCUAGCACUUAAACUGUAGGAACAGCUUAAUCUGUUUGUACUCUUAAGGCUUGUGCUGCCGGAUCAUAUAGCGCUUCAGGUUUUGAUACAGACGGUAAUGGAGCAGGUUGUACUCAAUGUGCUGCUAAUACUUACUCUGCUUAAAGUGCUACUUCUUGUACUUCUUGCACUAAUAAUCGUACCUCUCCAGCUGGAUCUACUGCUGUCACUGCUUGCGUAUGCCCAUCAGGAACAACUGGUCCUACAGAUGGUGUCAGUACAUGUUCUGAUAAUACUACUAGUGGUUAAAAAAUCACUGUUUUUGUAUCACUCAUUUUUAUUUUAAUGUCUUUAUUCUGA